AACAGGAUCCCUGCACCUGCCACCACACAGCCGACAAGCCGGGACAGCAUCCAAGCAUCUCUGCCACGAGUCACCUGUUAUUUUCGAGGAAUUUUCUUUUUCUUUUUAUUAUUAUCAUUAUUAUGAAAUCACCCCGAACAGACCAGCAGGGAGGCUGUGAUUCUGUGGACCUGUAUCGCCUUUUUUGUUACUUUUUUAACAAAGAAGACGUCGUUUGACAUCUCACUUCGUGCUGGCAGCAACACAAGGAAGCAGCUCUGAGGAAGAAUAGAACAGGACCGCUCUCUCUCUCUGUCUCCCUCUCUCUCUCUCUCCUUCCUAACGAUUUAUGUAGUGGUCCGUCCUCCUGACACUGAAUCCUAUUCAACACCGCGAUGAAUGAAGAGCACUUUCUGAGCCGCUGCCAGUGAAGAAGUGUUCUGAUCUCACAAUGUGCCGCUGCGUCCACCUGUCUGCGAAGAAAUCUGGACUAUUGUAAGAAAACAGAGUGAUGGCAUCAUGGAGUUUUUAACAUGAGCUCACACGCGUUAUGUGCGCGAUGAUCGUAGUAAAUCCUCCAGCAAACAUCGCUGCGUUGUCAUCGAAUAACAGCGCCGGACAUCAACGUCGGUGCCGUAAGGUGCGCCGCGCGUAAAAGCCCUGAGCCUCGUCAGUGUGCAGAAAAUAAAAAAAAUAAAGAUGAUCUUGUUUCGUAAAUUCAGAGUGUUGAUACUGAUGGUGUUCCUGGUGGCGUGCACCAUGCACAUCAUGAUAGACUUGUUACCGAAGCUGGAGAAGCGGGCGGCGGGAGCGGACAGCGGGGACGGCGGCGGCUGCCAGUGCGCACAUCACCCGGCCGGGGAGUCGCAGGGCUGGGGGACGCAGCAGCGCGCCAGGUCGGCGGCCGAAGCGGGCUGGCCUAACAAGCACACGCUGAGGAUCCUGCAGGAUUUCAGCAACGAGCCGAGCUCCAACCUCACGUCCCAUUCCCUGGAGAAGAUCACGGCCGCCGGCGACAGAGCGGACACAGUUAGGCGAAAGGGACCGUUGGCGGAGGACCACAAACCGCUCAUGGGGGAUGCAAGUGGGGGUCGGACCGUGCAUGCCCACGAUGUCUCCAGACUGUCCACUCUGUUUGAGCAUCCUUUAUACAAGGUUGACCUUCCUACACUCACGGAUGAUGACACUUUGUUUAACGUCAACACUGACAUCAGGUUUUAUCCAAGAGCAACAGGGAACCAAGGAUGGCACAAUGAGGAUGGGAACCAAGAGGAGGAAGAGUUCUCCCCGACAGGAGAGGUGACGGCAGAAUCGUACCCCAACUGGCUGCGUUUCCACGUUGGAAUCAACCGUUACGAGCUGUAUGGCAGACACAGUCAUGUGCUGGACGCUCUGCUCAAGGACCUUGUCACACAGAGGAUCACUAGUGUGGCCAUGAAAUCAGGAGGCACCCAGCUGAAGCUGAUCAUGACUUUCCAGAACUACGGACAAGCACUUUUCAAGCCCAUGAAGCAGACCCGGGAGCAGGAAACGCCUCCAGACUUCUUCUACUUCUCCGACUUCGAGAGGCACAAUGCUGAGAUUGCUGCUUUUCACUUGGACAGGAUCCUUGACUUCCGAAGAGUGCCCCCGGUGGCGGGACGACUUGUCAACAUGACAAGAGAGAUCAGAGAUGUGACUCGCGAUAAGAAGCUGUGGAGGACCUUCUUCAUCUCACCAGCCAAUAACGUCUGCUUCUACGGCGAAUGCUCUUACUACUGCUCCACUGAGCACGCUCUGUGCGGGAAACCAGACCAGAUUGAAGGCUCGCUGGCCGCCUUCCUGCCAGACCUGAACCUGGCCAAACGCAAGACAUGGAGAAACCCCUGGAGACGCUCGUACCACAAACGCAAGAAAGCAGAGUGGGAGGUGGACCCAGAUUAUUGUGACGAGGUGAAGCAGACGCCACCGUAUGACCGUGGCACUCGACUGCUGGACAUCAUGGACAUGACCAUCUUUGACUUCUUAAUGGGUAAUAUGGAUCGUCAUCAUUAUGAAACUUUUGAGAAGUUUGGAAAUGACACUUUCAUUAUUCACCUCGACAACGGAAGAGGGUUUGGAAAACAUUCCCAUGAUGAGCUGUCCAUCCUGGUGCCCCUCAGCCAGUGCUGCAGGGUGAGGAGGUCCACAUACCUGCGUCUCCAGCUGCUGGCCAAGGAGGAGUACCAGCUGAGCUCCCUGAUGGAGGAGUCUCUGCUGCGUGACCGACUGUCCCCUGUCCUCAUCCAGCCUCACCUCCAGGCCAUGGAUCGCAGGCUCCGGCUGGUGCUGCAGGUCCUCGCGGGCUGCAUAGAGAAAGAGGGCUCCGUUAACGUGGUGGAGGAGGAUUUAGUCGGGGACACGGCGACCCGCAGGAGCCGAGGCCACAGGUAGUGAGGGCGUUGCUCGGGAGUGACCGCCAGCGACACAAGGGACAAUGUGCCGCGGUGGUCUGUGGCUGACUGACUCAUGGGAUUGGACCAAAAAUCCCUCUUCUGAUAUCAAGCUGAAUUCAGUGAAUUCCAAGACUUGCCAUCAAUGCCUCUAUGGAAACUGCUUUUAAUUGUGUUUACGGAAGAAACUGUCCACAGAUACGAUGGAAGACUGUGCUCACACGGAGGCUUUGUAUUUGUUAGAUACAGAUGUAUUUUUGUUUCAUCAGAUGUUGUAUAAGACACACAGGAACCAGUGCUGUGUUUGGAUUUUGUCCUGUUUGUUUUGAAUAUGAGGGUAUCAGCUUAUUUUAUGUGUUAAUUAUGUUAGUGCAUAACCAAAUGAGAAAUAACACUGACUGGGCAUCUUAUGGCCAGAUAAUAAGCUUUAUCUGUUAUCACGAUGUAUGAAAAGGUUAAGAAGGUGUGAGGACGUUUCGAGUUAUAAUUUGUUUUAAAACAAAAACAAGUCAGGCCGAGUAGAACAACGUACAACAAACAGGGAGAUGGUUUUUUUAAUGGUGUGUUUUCUUUACCUAUUUUUUCGACUUGGAAAAGGCAGAUUUUAAAUGUCUCUAUAUUUCUGAUCAGCAUUAACUGGAGUAUUCUUCUCACUGUUCAAGCAGCACCAUCAUUUUGCCUUAUUCCAAUUUUGUAUCCUCUUCACUUUCUUUUUCACCUCCCCUGCAAGUUGAGCUUGCACAUCAAUGCAGUACAAACAGCACGACACUAACAUAUUAUUUUACAAACCAAAAACACAUUUUAAGAAUGGAGCCCACACUGAUGUGCUGGUAGUGUUCCUUAAAUGCUAUGUCAGUUCAUUUAGAUGCACAACCAUUCUUGCCUGCAGGCCUGAAACAUUAAGUAGUGUCCGGUAUAAUUUUACAGUUUAUUCGAUGCAAAAUGUUACACUUUGUAUGUUGUUUCAUUUUAUGAGAUUUCAUGUCCAAAUGACUAUUUAUUGGUGCGUUACAAAGACUGAAAGUGGUUUAAUUAAUUAUUGGUUAUGGUUUUGAUUCAUGUUGCUUAAUAGGAAAAUAUAGAGGAAAUAUUUAGCAUUUGGAUAUUAUUUAAAUUGGGUUAAAUUGGGUUUUAUCAUUUUUAGAUAGAAGACUAAGCUGUUUUGAUUUUGGACAUUAAGUUUUAGAAGUGGUGCCAGUGCAAUUUUCAGUUUCCUCCAAGGGUCCUGUGUAUUGGCUAACCCAGUACCUGUGCAAUGACAGAAAUGGAGUACUUGAAUGUUUUGGGGUUGGCAGUAUGGACAGGAUUCAUAGAGUUACAAACAGUGUCGAGCCUGGGAGCUGGACUCAAGCCUGCUCGGGGGUUGAUGGAGGGGUUCAAAUGCCUCGUCCCUCCACACGGAUAACCUCGGGAACCGUUUUCAUAUUCUCAGUGUAAAUACCUAUAAAUAGUUUGAAGACCUGACAACCUGCACCGCACAGUGAUUCGCUUCUGUUUUCUGCUAUUGCAUUGUUACUGUGAAGAUCUGUUUACUAAAUGAUUAAAGUGUGCAAUAAAA